AAACGAACUGCCGCUUACAGCUUGAGAUUCCGCAAAUAUCCUCCAUAAUAGCCCAAAAUGUUCCGAUUUCACAAGACGCUCGACAUCAUCACGCUCUUCCACAAGGCCAGCUCCCCGGCCUCUGUGCGAGUUUCCAAUCUGCUGAAGCAGGCUUCGACAAGCGCCCAGAAGAGCGCUACUCAAGAUUCCGAGGCUCGCCGUGAUCCGUUUGAGCUGAAUAUUACCGAAGACGCCCCCACUGUCGACCAAGUGCAGACAAUCUUGGAGUAUGUCGGCCAGAGCGGUGCCUCUCAGAUCGUCAAGGGGGCAAGAGAUGACAAGGAUGCGCUGAAGAAGUUCAAGGAGAACAAGGAGAAUCUGCUGCGACCAUUGACCGUUGACUGGAGUAAUGGCAAGGCGAUUGCGGGAGACAACGAGUCCGAGAUCUUGAAGCUCCUCAAUGCUCAAAAGUGAGCACCAUAGAAAAUCAUGUAUAAACAGCUUUUGACUCUGUAUCUUUUAUGAAUGUAUACCCCACUCUUACCAUGGAC